UAGAAGCUAUGCUAGAGGAUUAAUACAGCAUGUACUUGGUGAUGGCACUGAUAUCUUCCUUUGGCAUGAUUACAUCCUUCAGAUCCACUAAUGCUUACAUAUGGUGCUAAGAUUGUACCAGAUUCUGGUUUGUAAUUAUUUGCCAAAAUGUCAGAAGUAGUAAAUGGGAAUUUUUGGAAUUGGCCUUUUGCUCGUUCUCCCCAGCUUGUACAAAUUCAGAUGGCUUUGUUGGACUCACUAUAUCCUAAAAGUGGAAAUAAAGACUUACUUAUUUGGACAGCCCCUUCCUCUAGAGUGUUCAAAACAAGCAGUGCAUGGCAUUCCUUACAAGCUAAGCAAGGGAAAGUGCCAUGGCACAUGUUCCCAAGCAUAGUUUCAUUUGUUGGCUUGGCUAGCAAUAUUGGACAGAUUAACAACGAGAAGUAGACAGAAGAAUUGGACUCCUAGUAUUGAUGACACUUGCUUGUUUUGCAGCUCAGGAGUAGAAACUAAUGAUCACUUGUUUUGUCAAUGCCAGUUUGCAAAACCAGUAUGGCAAACUAUUUGUGGCAUGGCAGGAAUUCCUUUAUUUUGUUCUUGGCAGGGGCUACUAGCUUGGUUGGUGAAAAGGAUUAGAAGGAAGUCCCUAUACUGUGCUCUUAUAAAGCUUGCCUGGAAUGCUACCAUGUAUCAUGUUUGGAGAGAGAGGAACAACAGAAUUUACAGGCAACAGUUCAAAUCUGUUUCACAGAUUGUGAAUGAUAUUCUUUUUGAUGCAAGGAACAAGGUUUUAGCCUUUGCAGCACCAAAGUCCUCUUCACUGCCAAUGUCUAUAGCAGUGCAGUGGGGGCUUGCAGAGGUUCUAAAAUCACCAGUACAGUCUUAGAUGAAUUCUCUCUUUGAUUAGAGUUGUAAUUGAUUGUAAGUAGCAAAUGACUUGCUGCUUAUGUGUACAUACCAGUUUUAUUAGAUAAAUAAAACUUCAUAUUUUAUCCAAAAAAAAGAAAAAGGUCUGCAACCAGCCUCACCCCUUGCAUGUGAAGAAACGUGAUUGAGAACACACUCAAAAGGGAAAAUUGAUGAUGCUUGUGUGGGUCUGUAACAGCCCUAUGAUUUUUGGGCCAUUCCCCCCACAGAUAUAAUCACAACCCUCUUCUCUAUGUCAAAAACAAUUAUGAUGUGCUUAAGCACUACCCUGCAAAGUUUCAACAGCCACUAGUCCCAGCUCCAGCCAUUAGCACAGCCAUUUGGUUUUUUAACAAGUUUGCAGGUAACUGGAUCUGCACAUAUGAGAACCUGUGAUGGAGUUGGUUCAUAUCUUCAGUUAUGUGGCCUCCUAGCCAAGUUUUCUCCCAUUUGUGAAACAGCU